GUUGAAGGUGUGGAUCAUAGCCAGUGCCUCCUGCUUCGCUGUGUGCGCUGAGCUAGUGCUCGCCACCGUGGUCGUCACUCGGUGGGGCUACGGGCAUCAGGUCUACGAGACCCCGGAACCAAUAUAUUCUCAGCCAAUUCUGCAGCCGAGAAUGCUACCAACAACUACCGAAUCAGAGCUGUCCAACAUUGACAACGACAGUUCAGAAGAACUAGAAAAUGAUAUCCAAUUCCCGAUCUUAGAGAAGCUAUCCAUAUUCAAAAACAUAGUUGCGAAUAGAGAUAAGAAAAAAAACCAUAGUCUCCUAGCAAAACCUCAAAUGCAUCCAGUGCAUGAUAUUAUACACCAUGCCGAACGAAAGAUUGAAAAGAAGGAUCACGCAAAAAUGCUAGACGCAACAGAAGUUGCAGUCACAGAAAAGAAGGAUAUACCUGACUUUAAACCUACUCUACCUGAUGUUUUCAUUAACAAACAAGAUAUCAAACUUCCGGAUGGUUAUGUAGCAGUUUUAAAAAAAGACGAAAAUGAUUUCUACGAAGAAUAUUACAAUGACGAGAAUCUAUAUGACGAUUAUAUGCAAAGCAAUACAAUGACCAGUUAUUUAAUAGAAAAAGUUCAAGAUCUACACGAUUGGAUAGUUUCAGAUCCUGACUUUGAGGUUGCUGGUAAUUAUUCAAAGAAAAUUAAGUCUGGUAAUGAUUUUGGACAACUUUUAAAAGCACUGAACGAGAGUUUGAUAGAAGGGAAUGUAAGCAUAGUGAUGAAUAAACUCAAGGAUAUAUACUUUGGUGAUAAUUAUACUAGUACGAAUCAUAGUAGGACGAUUAUUUCGAGCAACAGUACGGAUUUACUGUCGUUUGGGAUUCUCACGUUGGAUGUGAUGUUGCUACAUAAUAUUCAGUUGAUGGCGUGGGAGAAUCAGGAAGGUGUUCGAAACAAGAUGCUGAAGGACCCAGACGUGUUUGCGUUCAACGCGCUGUUCCUGGACCCCAGCAAGGUGGAGUCCAAGCAGAAUGAGAUCUACAACACUGCCGCAUUCUCUAAACGCCAGAAUGUUCGUCAAGAGAGCGUGGACGAGUUUGACGUCGGCAAGAACCUGCUGGAGAACGUUCUAGAGGUUGGCAUGAGCACGGCCCGGGCCGCCAUACAUCUCGGACGAGCUUACAAGAACACGAAAAUGGUCCUCAACCAGAUAUCGAACCGCGACGCCCUGAACUCCAACAUCCAGCAGCAACUUUCUAGAGACAUCGAUGGCAACACGCAUGCGCUAAAUCAUCUGAGCAGUCAACAGGCAACGCAAACGAACGCUCAGGGCACCUACACAGAGCUAGACUGCGUGUGGCUGCUGUACUGCAGAAACUUGGCGGCUACUGCCAAGCUAAACGCACCUCUUGCCACCAUGGCCAGGAUAAACGGUAUCGCGCUCCGAAUGCUGACGGGGGAGCUGCCGGCGGACAAGGCGUUGGACACGAUGGUGUACGAAGCGCUCACUGGCUGGACGGAGCUACGUUGUAACGAUAUGUUUCCAAGGUGCAGCAACGUAAAUCCAGCGACCGUUGUAUUAGACACCAUCUUGCAGCCAAUGAGAAAAUCGCAAGCCAACAGAGUGUAGUAAUAUGUUUAAUAUUUACCAUAAAGUGUACAAG